AUGGGGAACGACGAAGACGACAAGCCGCCCCAAACCCGGGGUAGCUUCGCUACGGCGCCCCGAUACGCCCGGAUAUCAACCUCUAGGUCGAGCCGGAGCUAUGGUAGUUACGAGACUGGCGAAUCCAGCACGGCGAACGGCGAUGCUUCGGCAGUCCAAGAUCCCUCCUUGACGGCCUCUGCCCUAGCCGAACAUGACGCCUCGAGCAAGAGCCGACAUAUAGCGAAAGAUGGUACACGCAGGCGGUCGCAUAAGCCGCGACCUACCGGUGGUUUCCUCCUUGCUGAUCCCAUUUAUGACGGGAAGCUAGGCCAUUCUACUGCUGUUGAUAGAGAUGAUGAGCGAAGGAGGUCUAGGAUUCCGAUCGAUGGCCGAAGAGCGAAGAGUCCCAUGCCGGCCACGGUGCCAGAUGAGCUUGCAUCGAGGAGGACUUAUUCAUCCGACUAUGAUGUUGAUAUGGCAGACAUGAUCGAGGGCGCAACCGAGGAGCGUCAUGCUGGAAAGGGGCUCUCAUCGGCCACAUCCAGGAUCCCGACCGCUCGGCCAAAGCAAGCUGUCGACCUCGAUUCUACGCAGAUUGUCAGCAUGGCAUUGAAUUUGAGCGAGUCCAGAAGGAUGGCACAAAGAAGAAACAUCUCCAGCCCAAUGCCCCCACGGCUUGCCCACGUUGCUGAUAGCCCAGUCGGCGGCGGUCUUAAGCAGCACCUCCAGCAGCAGAGGCGGACGUCACGCAACCUAUCCCCCAAGCCGGAGAAGAGCGGCCCAGCGCCGAGGACCGUCUCAGUGUCUCAUCAAAGAUUGACAAAUCCUCUACAAGCAUCAUUUGAUCCUGACAGCACUUAUACGUAUCAUUUUUCAUCUUCUACUCUGAACCGGGCCCAGAAGGCGAAAGAGCACUUCGAGCUCAUGGCGCAGUACAGACGAAUGUUGAAUUUCGUACCGCCUUUGCAGGCCAAGAGCCAGGCAAGCCGCCCAUCUACGUCAAGCCCUCCUACUUCUCCGAACGGCGGCCAAUCAUCUGCGUCUUACCCUUUCCCCAGGACUCAAGUACCGUUAGGGCGUCCUUACAAUCCUUUGCAAUACAUAAGAAACCGCAAAGUUAGAGCUAGGGAGCGAAAGGUUAUUGACGGAGAAGCUCAAGGCUUUUCUGAUGUCAACAGGGUUACUGACUGGGUUGACCAAGCAGCUACCAUGGCUGCUGCAUCCCCCUUACAACCGGACAAUGCGCCAACGAUUCCCAUGUACCCAGCCGCACACAACAUCAUGGAUCCAGAGGUUUUGGAUCUAGCCCAAAUAUCCAGUGCAUCCAAAUCCAAAAGGCCUAGAAUCGACUGGUUUUUUGAACCGGCUGAUCUGGUGGCUGAUCUCUACUGGGUGGAACAGGACGACAACAAGUCGUUGAUAGAGGAUCGUCACUACAGCCGCAUAUUCCCAUAUCCCAAGAAGUCCUUGUCAAUAUCUCGGCCAAUGUCCCCGAGCAAGAAUGAGACCAUGACUACUCCAUUCCCUCCGACCCCCAUGUCCCAUGGAGAAGCAAAUGCGAGCGAAGCAUCGAUGGACCGGGAUCACUCGGACUCUAAUGCAGUAUCGAGGGCAGAUACCGAGACAUCGCAUGUCAGCGCACGGGACCGGGCUCGACAAAAACUUCAAGAGCUCAAGGGCUUACACCACUGGCAUAAUUCUUCUCAUAAUCAUCACGACUUCUUGCACAUGCGGAAAAGCUCAUUUUCAGAUACUUCGGACAGCGAUGGAGACCGCAGGAAGCGGGAGCGGAGUGGAACCGUUAGUGCUAAUAGUAAGGCGUUAUUGGAGAAACAGAUGAAUGAGAUGCUGGCAAGAGAGGCACUUGCAGCUAAACAGAAGUCAACACAAGAUACCAGUGCAGCAGCAGAGCUGCGGCCAAAACCAUUCCGGACGAGCUUGAUGACCCCAGAGAAGUCACCUGGCCCAUCUGUUACCGAUAAUGCUGGAAGCGACGCCAGGAUGGAAGGGAGUGAUAUUGAUCGCUCUGAUCGUGCUCCACUGCGACACGGUUCUCCAGUCCGAUCUGGACGACCCAGUCUAGAAGUGCCUCGCUGGACUAACAGAGCAUCCUUGGACUUUGAUAGCUCUGCACCGACUUCACCGGAUUUGAGGGCAACAAAGAAUGGCGGGCAUCACAUACCCGCUAUUGGGAUGGAUCUAUCACCGCCAGGUAGCCGGCCCGUGUCGCCUGUUCGCAAACCAUUCUCCAAAGUCAAGAACAUUUUCCGCGAUCGCAGCCGGGACCGAGCUGCAGGAGCGACGUCUGGGCGAGACGAGCAUCCCGACAGCCCCGUUGAUGAAAGCGGAAUGCUCUUGUCAUCUCCGGUGUCUGCGGAUGAUCUCAACUCUACAGUUCGAUUGCGCUCGAAGAGCCCAGCGCCGCGUAUUCCACGAGUGGAGACUCAUAAAUCUCACAAGAGCAUUGGCAGCCUUCGUCUAGGCAAAGACGAGCAAAUGGGUCUUCGCAACAUCCUCAAAGGGGGUGCCAAAAUUGAUGGUAUUAUCCGCGGUGGUGUAUCCAAACUUUCCGACCUCGUAUGGAAGAAAGACCAAGAGAGUGAUAGCAGCUCGUCUAGCACGUCGAGCGACGAAUCCGAGGCUGAACCUGCCAGAGGUCGCCUAAGAACGCCGGCUGCCCUGUCAGACAGCUCCUUACGGAAGACUGACGAAGCCCAUCAAGGCAGAAACUAUCUCGAUGCGAUGCCGGUCUUCAAGCCUACUUCUGAAACGGAUAGAACGACAAUUGCAGACAGCAAUAGCAAGCUCGUUCCUUUAAAUAAUCCUUCACAAGUAGCUGGUCGUCGCUCAAGUCGAUUUGAUCAACUCAAACCUCCACGCAUCGAUGUGUCAAAUGCAUCGCCCACCUCAUCAACGGGCCCGCUUCCAGAUUUCUCUGACAAGAAUGCCACAAUUUCCGACUCGGACUCACGUUGGCGUGAUUCUGGUGUCUUGGUUGACGAAUCACAUAUGUCUGGAUUAGACGCCCUGCUGUCUCUUCCAGCACCAUUGAAUCGUCCUCAACGCAGCUCAUCUUCACAAACGCGGCAUUGGUCGAUCUCAGAUCGAUCGCCGUCUCCUCAGCCCUCGACGCAGCUUUCCAAGCGUGAGGUCGCCCGCCUGCGUGCCCUUGCUCUUUCUUCGGGCAUCAAGGCAAUGGAAAUCGCCCGGCGCGCGGCUGAACCCCAACCCAUCAUAUCGCCGUCCGGCUCCAAGACAAUCCUUCCUGUCCCAUGGGACGAACUCAGACCCCUGGUUGCUGACAAAAAGAUGCCAGCUACUGUCUCGCAACUUGAAGUCUACACCACGACUGCCCAAGUGCUUGCCUCUAGUAUACGAUACACGGAUACCGCACUCGAGAAGUCGGCUGCUGCCUUUGCCAAUGGUGAAAUGCGGCAAGUACAUGGUCGUGUGGACACGAUGCAUACUCGCGUCGCCACCGACCUGAUUGAUAUGACAAGACGCGCCGCGGAUGAAGCGGACGAAUGUUCGCGAGAUAUGGUAGACAGCCAGAGACUCAAGGUGAAGAGGGUUGUAGAUAUCAUCGACAAGAUGCUCAGACGUAGGCGGCGCCGGUUCCGAUGGGUCAGGCGAGGCGGCUGGCUGAUGGUUGAAUGGGUGCUUGUGGGCUUCAUGUGGUAUGUAUGGUUCGUGGUCAUGAUCCUACGAAUCUUCCUCGGCAUUGGCAGAGGAGUCUGGGCUGGUGCUAAGUGGUUACUUUGGUUGUAA